UUGAUAUUUAAGGAGGAAACUACUCUAGGGUUUAAUUUGGCGCUGGUAUUAGAUCUAAAUUAUCAUUCCUGUGCUCUCUGCAUAGUGAAUCCACAAGCUUGUCCUAACCCUGAAUGGUACACGAAGUUCUGCCUACUCCUGAAUGAAAUGUAUACAGUGAGCCCAGACGAGAAUUCCAACCUGAAAAUGAAUGGUUUGCGAUCCAGAAUGCAGCAACACGCUCAAAACUUGGCCACACAAUCGGACGAUGUGGGACAAAGACUUCCAGUCAGACAAGAAUCACGAGCAACCGUCGCAAUGUUGGCACCAGCAGUUCACAUUAUGCAUCAGGUUUGGAAAGGCAUGGCGUGGGUGACUGAUGGAAUUGAAGACGACGAAGAAGACUCUCGACUGUACCAGAAGAUGGAGCAGCCUUCUCGCAGUGUGAUCGUAAAGCGGUUGUCUACCAUUGUCGAGACGAGCUCAGUUGCUCGAGAAGUGGUUGGUGAGAUCAUUCAUUGGCAUGAUUUGCACCGUAUUCUCUAA